AUGGCAAGCCAGCGGCUGAACCACGUCGCAAAGAGCCCAGAUUGUUUGACCUUUGCAAGGCGCGUGGGUGGCUGCGUCUAUGGCCUUCCCGCUACAUGCUCGCCGCUGAGCGGAAAGGGCCCUGGCUGCAGUGAGGGUUGGCAUCAGCAUCGGGCGGAAAGGGCGCUGCCAGUGGUGGGGCUUGCAGCGGCGUCUGCAUCCCCAACCUUCACUACACCUGUUCUGCACGGAGCUGUGCGCAAUUGGUGGGUUGCGGGGGCUGUGCAGACGCAUGGGUGGCUGCAUCUAUGGCUUACCCGUUGCGUACCUUCCAUGCGUUUCGAAAUGGACCGGUUGAUGGUGGAGAAAGUAGUUGCCUCUUCGUUGUCGCUCUCUGAGUGGAAACGCUCAGUGAGAGUGGGAGUGUUGCUGAGCGGAUUUGAUGGUCUUUUAGAGGAUGUCAAACUCUGGUUAAGAAGAGCUCACCUUCCAGAAACAUCUGUGUCAGCCAUAGCACAGGCCCGCCGGUCAUGUCGGUUCAACGCGGAGGUCAGCGCUGUGGCCGCACUGCCGACAUGCACCGAGGCUUGA